GGUUACACUACAUACUGAUUCGUACUCAAAUCAUCAUUCGUCUCUGACUCCAUUUAUUAGUUUGCGCUAACAUUCUUUCGAAUUCUAUGUCUCAAGACAUAUUAAAAAAUGCUGUCCAUUCUCAACGUGUUCGUUUCCUGUACAAAUUUAUACUUACUUUGCAUCGUUCACUGCCUUCGCAUUUACGGGAAAUUGGUGACAAAUAUGUGAAAACAGAAUUCAAGAAGCAUAAGGAUGUCAAACCCGAAUUUGUUCAACCAUUCAUGGUUGAAUGGACAAAAUAUGCAGUUGAAUUAUCAAUGCAAAUUCAACAGUCAAUACGAAAUUCGAAUAAUAAAAUUAGCGAAAAGGAUAAAAUUAAAAUGAACAAGGAAGAAGCGCUUGGUAAACCAUUGGAUGAAACUUCAUUGAAUUAUUUUUCUGAAACACAACUUAAUCAGCUAUUAACUUUAGCUAAAGAAAUUUAUGAUGAAAAUCAUAAACCAUUAGAAAACUAGUCGAAAAAUGAUCAACUAAUACAAAUCAACUUUACUACAAUGUGUUGCGAUCUAUAUCAAUAAAAUGUAGUGAUUCU